UUUAUUUUCUCUCCGAAUAUUUCAGUUCGUGUGAGUUAUCGAAAUAGCUCAAAAUUACGGCGCUCAACUACUUAACUUUCUUACAGUUAGUGUUUCCUAAUUUAAGUGUUUUAAUUGUUUCCUAUUCGCUCAAUUGCGUGUUUUACGUGAACCCGAAAAUAGCUGACAUGUCCGUGCGUAGAAAGUGCCGUUAUCCACACAUCACACCUCACCUGAGAGCCAUUGACCACUUUCCACUGAAUGAUUCAUGAAAAGAUCUACUGAAAACACCGUGAAUCUCCAUUGACAGGGAUUGAAAUCAUGAAAGAAAUGGUGAAAGGAAAGAAGGGAAUGAAAAACGGCUCCAAACCGACGAAAGCAUCAAAGACUUUGUCCGAAGAUGAAGGAGAUCAUCCGAAGAAAAUACAGUCCUCCGUAGAUGACCAAAACACAGCAGCUGAGGUUCCAAAUAAUGUUCACAAGACCAAGCCCAAUGGAGUUGCAUAUGCGAAAAUGUCUCCAAAAACUGAUAAGAGGAAAGGCAUCAUCAACAUGGAGGUCGACAUUGUCUCCCUUUUACUUUUUGUGAUUGCAGCCUGCACAAGGUUUUAUCGCUUGUCUCAACCAAAUGCUAUCGUAUUUGAUGAGCUUCACUACGGCAAAUAUGUAGGACUUUACAUGAAGAGAACCUUUUUCUUCGACUCACAGCCGCCCUUUGGGAAGCAACUGAUUUCAGCGGCCGCUUACCUGGCAGGCUUUGAUGGUAAAUACAAAUUUGAGCACAUCGCAAGUGAGUACUCGGAGAAUGUUCCAGUGGUGGCUCUGAGAUUCAUACCUGCAUUGUGUGGUAGUCUUCUGGUGCCAACGGCCUAUCAUUUUAUGUUAGAAAUGGGUUCCAGCCAGUGGACAGCACUCAUAGCUGCUAUUCUCUUUCUGUGUGAUAAUGCUCUUUUGACGCAGUCUCGCUUUGUCUUGAUGGAGUCAAUUUUACUCUUCUUUUCUUUAUUUGGACUGCUAUGUUUGCAAAAAUUCCGUAAGCUCAAGUCUGAGUCAUAUUCACUAGAAUGGUGGGCUUGGCUUUUCUUGGCUUCAGUUUUCCUGACGUUCAGCUUCUGUGUGAAACUUGCUGGUUGGUUCUCCUGGUGUCUAGCAAUGAUCAUCAUAUCUGUAGACUACUGGGACAAGGUUCUUGGUAACAAACUCAUCUCUGAUGUAAAAGCAUUCUUGGGAGCUGUCGCCCGCAUUCUCAUGGUCUGUUUAGUUCCUGUGCUUAUAUAUCUCUCCAUAUUUUACGUCCAUUUGACAGUUCUCAACAAAGCAGGUCCUCAUGAUUCCAUUAUGACAUCUGCUUUCCAAGCUAGUCUUGAAGGUGGUCUUGCCUCCAUCACUAAAGGCCAGCCUCUGAAAAUCGCGCAUGGAUCGCAGAUCACACUCCGACACACACAUGGGAAGCUCUGCUGGUUGCACUCACAUCAGCUUGUCUACCCCCUGCGCUACCCAGAUAAACGCGGGAGCUCACACCAACAACAAGUCACUUGCUAUACGUUCAAGGAUGUCAAUAACUGGUGGAUUGUGAAACGCCCAAACAAGUCAAACUUAGUUGUAUCGCAACCAAUCGACGUUAUCAAGCAUGGUGAUGUUAUCCAGUUAAUCCAUGGGAUCACUAGUCGAGCACUAAAUUCCCAUGAUGUAGCAGCUCCCAUGUCACCACAGAAUCAAGAAGUGUCUUGCUACAUUGAUUACAAUGUCUCAAUGCCGGCCCAGAAUUUGUGGAGAGUCGAGUUGUCAGACCCAGGAAGUACGGACAACGAAUGGCACACAAUUCAGUCACAAGUGCGACUUGUGCAUGUCAACUCAAGUCAAGCAUUGAAAUUCAGUGGGAAACAGUUGCCGGACUGGGCGUUCUUUCAGUAUGAAGUGGUUGCAGAUAAGGAGGUCCAACAGCGAGAUACCAUCUGGAACGUUGAAGAACACCGCUACACGAAAACAGAUGAUGAAAAGUUACGAGAGAAGAAUUUGUUGAGUGCUGAAAUGAUUCCACUCACAGCGACGACGAUGUCUUUCUGGCAGAAAUUUGUGGAGCUUCAGUACAAAAUGUUCUUCUCUCACCUAGAAAAUGUCAAAGACCACAUUUUUAGCUCAGAGCCAAUUGAGUGGCCUCUUAUGUCCCGAGGCAUUGCCUAUUGGCUAAGUUCAACUUCUGAAGAGAACCAAAUUUACUUAAUUGGGAAUCGAAUCAUCUGGCGGUCAGGAGUGAUUUCAUUACUGAUGUAUGCAGGCCUUUUCACGAUUUACCUCUUACGGCGACGCAGGCUUUGCUAUGAUCUGCCACAGGAGGUAUGGGAUCACUUUGUUGACAUCGGCAAGUUUUGCGUUUUGGGUUACAGCUUGCAUUACCUCCCAUUUUUCUUUGCAGAACGCACAUUGUUCUUACAUCACUAUUUCCCAGCCCUCGUGUUCAAAAUUUUGCUCACAGCCGCAAUGGUUGAACACAUUGAUUGUCUACUUAAGCUUUACACCAAGAUCAAUUUAGUUAGGAUAGUGUCAUUUAUUUAUUAUAUUUUAGUUUGUCUAUGGCUUGUAUUUAUUUUCUAUUCAUUCCGAAAGUUCCUGCCGUUUUCUUAUGGCAGUCAUCUAUCUAAUCUUUCUGUCAUGAAAGUAUGUGCAUUUCCUGCUUGUGAUUUUCAAAUUGAUGCGCUGCCCUUCUCUGGGUGGUAAUUCAGCGUCAUUGAUGCUUUCACUAAGCUUUUAGUAAUAUUUACAAUGUGCCAUCAAGGCCACAUUACUUCGUUAACACUAGAGCUACUUAAUAAAAGUUUUAUUUUGUUAGGUUCCUCUCUCAGAAAUUUUGGGACUAUUUACAAAUUAGAUCACUGUAUUCUCUGUUCCUCCAGUCAUUUCUGACAGCAAAGCUCUCUGUUCCUGUAGAUUUUGGAAUUACGUUGCUGGAACUUUUGAAAACUUAAUUUUGACAAAGCCCUCAUUUUGUCCUGUAGUGAAUUAUCACUGUAAAACAUUAAAUAGUACCGGUGCCUCCUCUUGCCACUCAUGUAUCUUGCAGCUCAACAUUUCAAAAUUUUAGAUGCAUUUUGAAUUUCAUGUUUUCCUCUUUCUGUCUUAAAUGUCGUAAGUACUUAUUCGAUCACAACUCAUCUUUUUUACUCCAUUGUUCCAUCAUUAUGUCUUGAGGCCAGAUCAAACUAAACUGUGAAUGCAAAGUGGCUGCUGGGCAACAAAGUAAAGAUUUUCAGUUCCUCUUUUUGUAAAGUGAAUAGGAUUCCACUGUAUUGCUCUGUAACUGUCCUGAAUUUUUCAUUUUGAGGUGAACUAAUUGUUAAUGAUGAGCGACAAUUUGAAGUACGUUUGCAGUUUAUUUAUUCUUUGUGACAUUUAAAAAAGUACCUGACCACAAUUGAGGGCUGGCAAUUAGAACAAAUGAUUUGAGAAACGUUGUUUUCAGAAAUCAAACGAUUUUCCUGAUUUUAAACAACUUUCCGAUUUUCAGACUAUAUAAUGAGCUUUAACUUGGUAUACUUAACUCUCCAAGAAGAGCAUUGACAAUUUUAUGCUGUGAUUAUAUUUCGUUGAAACCUUUAUUUUGUUUUUAAGUGCACAUUUUUCUCUGUAUCUACUUAAGUUAUUCGAGUUAUAUCUACUUUAAAAUCAAGCCUAUUGUUAUCAUCGAAUUAUCAUGGAAUCAUUCCUCCCAGACUUUAAUUUGGUAUAAAUUUAUGCAAAGGAGAGUUGAUUAAGAAAGUAUAAGAAAUGAUUUUAUCAGGACUUUCUUCAUCAAGACUGAUUUUUAAGCCAGCAAUAAAAUUGCUGUUGUAGACAUUUUUUGGUUAGGCUAGUGCAGCAUGUAUUUAGUUUUAGUUGAAAUCUGCAUCGAGUCUCAUCUGUUAUUGUCAGAAGGAAAAGGAGCACUCUAAAAAUGGACUUAAAAUUUAAGAAAGCCUUCAUUGACUGGCUUGAAAUGCAAAGUUUGGCUUCUUAAGAGCCGCUCAGGAAUCUUAGGAUAAUUGUGCUUAAAUCAAUUUUUUUAUCACUGUAUUGCAUAAUGCACUGAACUCAGUUGCACCAAUUAAAAUCUCUCAGCUCGUAUAAAAAUUGAAAAUACCCACUACAUCAAUAAUUAUUAAAAAAUCCAUGACCUUUCGAACACAAUUGGUAUGCUUAACUUUAAACUCCUUGAUUUCUUUUUUUAGUUGGAUUAGUUCUUGGCAUGUAGUUCUAAGCGGAUAUAAAAAUUAUUGCUGCAACAUAGCUAAAACUAAUGUGUACCAAAAAUAUUUCUCCAAGAAAAAAGAUAAAUAUUCCCUGCUAAGAGCUCAAAACUUUCGGAAUUUAAUGAAUUUCUACAUUCUUGAUUGGCAUUAAAAUAAACUACAUAUGUAGUUUAACGGCAACUUGCUCUUCGGGAUGCUAGAGAAUUUUUUCGAAGAUAAACGGGAAUACCAAUAUUUUGACUUAAUUCAACAUAAAUUGCUCUCUGAACAAUUUGUUGUCGGAAACUAAGGUCCCAUUACCUGUAAAUGGUCACAUUUCGAUGGUGAAAAUACAAGGCAUGGAUUUUGAUUGCGGUUAUUGAAAAUUUCCGCUCUUAUUUUAUGUUUUCAAGAAAAAACUGACUGACUUUUUUGCACAAUAUUUUCGGAGAAUGUUAUCGAAAGGACGAAGAAAAAUCAAGCAAAAACGAUGAUCAGGCCUUCCUCGGAAAAGUAAAAUGCAAAAUUUGCAUUGUGACAUCAGUAAAUCGAGUUAUGCAAUUUGGUACUUUCACCAUCGAUACAGUUUAAUAUUGAUAAUAGUAUAUAUUUCAGUCCUGACUUCAGAUAGUUCAGAUCAUAAAACUGGCCUCUACUGAAGAAAUUUUUUAGGACCCUAGGCACAGCUAUUUAAGACGUUAAUAACAGUUUCACGCCUUGAAAUAUUAGAUCUGAGAUGUUUGACUAUUUCUUGUAGCUACUUACUUCGAUUUUCACAUCAGAAAAUCCAGAAAUUAUGGUUUAUCUCAUUGUAUAUACGUGAUCUUAAAGCCAUAGGUAUUUCUAAGUAUGGUUUAUGUUUUAAAAAUUAUAUUAUUUAUUGAACUCUUCUCCUCGGGUACCUGUUGAAAUGUAUGUAAUGUUUUUGAUCUCAAGGUGGUACUUCUUUUUCAUGAACCAGUCAAUGGUCAUGUCAUGGUCAGUCAAUGAGCUAAAAUUGCAUCACAAUUUGAUCACUUUCUGAAAAUCAGAAUUUCAUGAUGAGCUAGACCCCCUCUGUUGUAAUGCUCAUGGAUAAUGGAAUCAUAUCUUACAAGUCAUUUUAUUUUUGACGGUAUUGAUUUAUGAUCUUUCAGAAAUGAUCAAAUUGUAUACCACCUUUAGCAAUCUUAUCAGUUGAUUCAUAUAUAGUGAAAGGGUGGUUCCACCUUGAGGAGUUGAAUUUUAUCAUAGUUUUAUUUUUUUCUUUGUUUGUUUAUUUGUAGCUGAAAAUGUUAAAAUGAUUAAUAUUACAGUGGGCCGUUUCAUCUCAUUCUGAUUGCUAAGUGUGUAACAUUCUCUUCUGAAAA